AUGAUGAGAGCGCCCGCUGUGGUCGCUGUGCUUGUCAAUAUGGUUUUUGGGCUCCAGUAUUUGGACUUCAACCGCGAGAACGAGCUCCAGCAUGUGGAACUCUUUGCUGGGGACUGCUCUGUCACCUGUGGGGAAGCCAUGGAGGGCAGGCGUUGCAUUGGGCUUGACAUCAAGAUAGGUGGUGAGACCAUGGAUUUGACCACCAGCACUGGCUUCAUUGCAGCGCUGUACCAAACAUGCAGGUUGACUCCCGGAUCUGGAUGGCUCGCGGCGCCCGUUUGCAGUUCCUUCGUCUUCAUGUCGAGGGGAACAACCAAGCGGAGCGCCACACGACCUUUGGGCGAGGAAUCCUAUGAGAGUGUCCGAGUUGGAAACAUAUUGACGGCGAGGACAUUGGUGAUCUUGAUGGUUGCCCACGCAUUGCGGUGUUUUUGGGUGCUCGAACAGCCCAAGGGCUCGGUGAUGGAGCUACACCCAUGUUUCCAGGAGGUUCUGGGACGCAUGACUGUGUGGAAGCACUGCCUCCAGAUGCAGCAGUUUGGGGCUCCCACCGCAAAGCCAACAUGGCUUUACGCCAGUGAUGCUGCCAUCGACCAAUUGGAGGACUUUAGACCUCGACAUCUUCCACCUCCACCUCCUGUCGAAAUGGCAGUGAUCUACACUGACUCAUCGGGAAAGCAGCGGGUGAAGGGUGGAAAACACCUCAAAGCUUCACAAAGCUACCCGCUACCGUUUGGAAAGGCCCUCGCUCGCCUACGUUCUCGUCACCAUGAGCGUUUGCGCUCUGCAGCUAGGGCUGCGUUGAAGCGCAACAUGAAGAACUACCGGACAGUUCGCAGGAACACGAGGGCUGAUGCCCUCGCGGUCGCAUUCACCUGUCUAAUGGCUGCUUCGAAGUCGAAGACCUCUAGUUCCAAAGCGGAACACAAGAAGGUACAAAAGACCAUCGCUAAAUCCAAACUGAAGCAGAAAGAAACGAAGAAAGCGAAAGAAAAGAAGGAAAAGAAGGUGAAGCGGGUGACGCCAGAGAAGAAACAGAAAGAAGAGCAAAAGUGUGCGAAGAAGGCGGCGGCAAAGGAAGAGAAGGAAGAGAAGGAAGAGAAGAAACAAAAGGUGGCAGAGAAGGUUGAGAAGGUGAAGAAACAUGAAAAGAAGGAGAGUGGGAAGCAAGCGGCAAAGACGCCAGAGGAUUCAAGCAAGAGGGUUGCAGAGAAGAGCUUGGAGUGUGAUGCAAACAAGCGCCCUGCUCGCAGGGUAUCCUUCAAGAGUCCAGAGUAUGUAGUGAAAACACCGCCAAUGAGAACCGUUGCUUCGCCUUCACCUGUGCCUUCUGCUGCGCGCAGUGUGGAGGCUUGGAUGGAGGAAGCUGCUGCGCAAGGCAUGAGCCUGGAAGACUUCAUGAGUGAUGUCAGCACCAAGUACUUGGAAGCGCAAGUUGAGAGUCGCAUGAAAGACCUUGUCAAGACCAGCAAGGGUAAGGGCGUGGAGGAUGAUGACGAGGAGGAUGCAAAUGAAGAUGCGUCUUCAGAGUCCAGCAGUGAGGAGACAAAGUCUAACAGCUCUGAGGAUGGUGAAGGCGGGAUUACUGAGACAGAGAUUGAAGAUAGUCUGAGUGAGGGCGGUCCAGAAGAUGAUGAAGACGAUGGCGAGAAUGAAGCUGAGUAUGACAAGUUUUGCCGACAGUGCCUCGACAGGAAAAAAUUUCCUCUGUCACUGGCUCCCCACUUUGUCAAGAACAAGUUGGACCUUUUCAGGGGUUGGCUGGAAGUGUCUCAAAGUUGGUCAAGACUUGAGGUCGAGUUUGACCGUCGGGCGGAAAGAAAAUUGACUUCAAAGAAGUCAAGGGCUGGCAUCAAAGCAAGGGAUAUCCUGAAAAUGUAUCCCAAAGAAAAGGCUGAAGAUUUGAUGAAGCGUCUCAAGUCCAAGGGCCUUUUCCACUUCGACGAUGACUUCCCCAACGAUGAAGAAGAGAUCUUCUACUAUGUUGGCCAAGGCAACGAAUUCAAGGAUGAGAACAUCACCACAGACGGGGUUGCUGUGAAGAUCAAGGAGACCGGCAACAAGGAACUUGCGGACACCCUGACAGGGGAUGAUGGUUUGCUCAGGAAUGGCGCUGUUCCUGCAGUUCAAGCGCACAAUGAGGCUGGGGAGAAAGCUCUCAUCGAUGCAGUUGCGGGGUCAACGGAGAAGGCCCCAAAAGAACCCAAGCCUAAAAGGGACCCAGCAACCAAGGCAGAGCCAAAGACCGUCUUGGACAAGGCCAGGGAUGAAAUGGAGAAUUGUCUCCGCAAGUCAGCUGAAGGUCGCAAGUAUGCUAUCAGCUUGCAGGCGACUGAAUACAGCGGUGACUUGGCCACCAAAAUGAUGGCAUUCAGUGAAAAGAUGGAAAAGUGCUACAAGGCUUUGGUGGAGCUGGUGCAAAGAAAGGAAGACAAAGAAGCAAAGUACUCGAAUCUCUUCUCCGUGAUUGCCGACAAGAUUUCUUGGUAUGAGACUGCUGAGGGCGCGGCCAAAGGAUUGCUCUCCAGCUUCAAGCCAAAGAAGGGUAAGAAGAAGGCAAAGAACGGUGAGCCUGAGGAAACUGAGCGCACCAAGACUUCCAAGGAAGCCAAGCCGUGA